UCGCCGGCACAAGCUAUCCGAACAUAACAUAAAAAUUACUGUAUGUAAAUCUCCACCUGGUAAAAUCACAAUAUUAACUCUUCACUUACAUCAAAAAUAAACUAGAUUAUGCAAAUAAAAUAAAAAAUACCCACCAACACCAAUGAAAACCGAAUGACAAACCCAAUGAGCCAAGCGGUAUACAACCGAAGCCAGGGGAAGAGGAAUCGGAGACAGCCUGCCCACAGAAAACGGGAAAUCGCUCGUCUUUGUUUUGUUUUGGAGAGUCGCUUCCCCGUUGCCAUAGGAACCGAAAGUGUUGGCGAGGGCAGAGGGAGAGACACUCGUGGGCCGCUCACGCCACCAAUUCAGUAAUCGCCCGAGCCUUGUCACGUUAAGAGGUGAGUGAUGGCGCUCGUCAGGUUACCGCAAGGCACACGAAGGCAAGGCAAUCGGGACGACUCUUGCGGGAGUGAAAGAUGAAUGAGGUUUUUGGUGACGUUGCUGGUGAAGUUGAAGCCGAACGGGAGGGGAGGAGUACUUCCUGCCUGACGAAGGAGGAACUUCCCGAAGAAGAGAUACAUCACAAUCAGACCAUUUUGGAAGAAGUUUUCACCCCUGAUUAUAACGUGACUGAAGAAG